CUUAUCGUCAUCAGAACCAUUUUCGCAGGCAGAACUAAUCGCAUUGGCCUUCCAAUCGCCGGCGAGUUUCGAUUUUCUGCUUCCAAUUCGCCGGCACUCUCUCAGCCACUCAGUGAAUCACUCGAUUACUCGGAGUCACUGACUCGCCCGUAGGAACGGCAAUGGAAAGAGAUUCCUCCGACGAAGACGACGAUCAUCAAAACUUAAUCCACCAAAACGACACCAAACACUUGCCGCCUCAACUCCCCGCCGGCACGAGCCCUACCUCCCGUGCGAGAUCCGCCUUCCACAUCGAAGACCUUGAGUCGCAAAUCCGUCGCCGUUUCAAGCUCAACUUCAACAAAUGGUACGUUGUCGCCGUGUUACUUCCGCUGCUCAUCAUCGUCAUAUACUACUCCACCGACGCUCGCUCCCUUUUCUCCACCAAUAAUUUUUCGCUCAGAUUCGAUUCGGUUACAGAUCGAAUGAAGGAAUCUGAAUUGCGCGCUCUUAAUUUGUUGAAUCAGCAGCAAUCUUUGCUUCUGUCUACAUGGAAUCGUAUGUUUGUCGACAAUAACGUUUCAGGCGUUCAGUUUGAUGACAUUAAAGCUGCAUUGCUCAACCAGAUUUCGUUGAAUAAAAACAUCCAACAGGUACUCUUAUCGCCUCACCGGACCGGAAAUUUGUCGGCAGAGCUCGGCAAUGCAACCGUUUCAGACCCUACUUUUGGCGGGUACGGUUUUGACAGGUGUAGGAAAGUGGACCAGAGGUUUUCAGAGAGGAAAACAAUUGAAUGGAAGCCCCAAUCCAACAAGUUUUUGUUUGCAAUUUGUGUUUCAGGACAGAUGAGUAAUCACUUAAUCUGCCUAGAGAAGCACAUGUUCUUUGCGGCAUUGUUGAAUCGUGUACUUGUUAUACCGAGUUCAAAAGUUGAUCAUCAGUACAGCAGAGUGUUAGACAUUGAGCAUAUCAACACCUGUGUGGGAAGGGAAGUGGUGAUUACUUUCGAAAAAUUUAUGGAAACCAAAAAGAAUCAUCCUCACAUUGAUAAGUUUGUCUGCUAUUUCUCUUCACCUCAGCCGUGCUAUUUGGAUGAAGAGCGUGUCAAGAAGUUGAAGGCUUUGGGGAUUUCUAUGGGGAAACUGGAGGCUCCUUGGAAAGAGGACAUAAAAAAACCCAGCAAGAAGAAAGUACAGGAUGUGGAGGCUAAGUUUAAGGCUGAUGAUGAUGUGAUUGCAAUUGGGGAUAUUGUACCACUUGUUAAACGACCACGUCGUGAUUCAGCUGAAAAAUGGGAUGCUUUGUUAUACAGGCAUGGUCUUGAAGGAUAUUCUGAGGUGGAAGCUAUGCUGGAUAAGACAAUCUGUGCCAUGUCCAGUGUGUUCAUAGGAGCUUCUGGAUCGACCUUCACAGAGGACAUUCUACGGCUCAGAAAAGACUGGGGAAGUGCCUCUUUAUGUGAUGAGUACUUAUGCAAAGGUGAAGAGCCAAACUUCAUAGCAGGUAAUGAAUAAAGAAGAUGCAGAAAAUGGCUGUAUGACUGAAUGAGUGCCUUCUCUGUUCUCCAUUUGUUCCUCCACUGCAGAAGUUGGAUGGUAUUCUGAUGUAUUGUAGUAUAUGACAAUAGCAUCUAAUUGAUUAUUAGUGUAUACAAAAUCAUUCUUAAACUCUGAUUGCUUAUGCGAUUCAUUCGGUUAUUCAUUAGGUUAA